AUGUCACCACUAUCCAUAUUCCGCGCCCCAAACACCCCCUUCCCAUCAUCUUCCCUCCCACCUCUAACACCCGCAGCCCUUCUAAAAACCUGGUGGGUAACAACCUCCACUUUACCCAUGUGGAAAUCCGCCAAAAACAUCAGAAUAACAUACACCUCCAUCCCAUCCACCAAAAACAUCGACGACAUAAUCCACUACAACCCACGUAGUGGUCCUCCAGCCACAAAUUCAACUCCAGAGGAAGCUGCAAAGCUGGUGACGAAAUCAAUUCAUGGUGUUGACUACCCGCUUUCUGAGAAUGAUGGGGAUUUGACGUAUAAAUGGCGAGGGAAAGGGUUGUUGUUCAUUGCGACUUCGAGGUGGCAAGUUGUUGGGUAUGGUGGGAGGGAUGUUAGGACUAUUGUUGGUGAAGGUGGGGAAGAGGUAUUGGAGGGGGUGGAGUGGGUUGUUACGUACUUUGAGAAGAGCUUGUUUACGCCGGCUGGGGUGGAUGUUAUGACGGUGGCGAGGGAAGGGGUGGAUGGAGAGACAUUGGGUGCGAUUGGGGAGGGGCUCAAAGGUAUUGGGGGAGUACUUGGGGAGCUAUGGGAUGGGAUCUUCGAUAUUCCCCGGGAUUGA